AUCGGAAUGUUUCUAGUCUUAAUUUAACCGCCGGCGAGUUUGGAUCAAAAAAAAACAGCAACUGUCGUUCAAACCCUUUCGCAUUUCGGAAAUCCGCAGCAGAACAACAACAAUACAAAAGUGCAGUCAUCAGACUACAUUCGAGAAGUUUGUGAACCGAAACAAGAGGCAGUUAAAAACCACGAAAAAUGAGCAAUAUUGAAAUCGAAACCGAGGACAAGCUGGAGUACCAGUUCCACCCGGCGACGAACGGCGUGGUCAACUUCAAGGUCCGUGCCAACAACGAUGCCCAUCUGGCGCUGACCAGCGGUCCCGCCGAGUCGGACCCCAUGCUGGAGAUCUUCAUCGGGGGCUGGAAGAACACCAAGUCGGUCAUCCGCAAGAACCGCACCAAGCCGGACGUUUGCGAGGUCGACACGCCCGACAUCCUGAACGCGGGCGAGUUCCGUGGAUUCUGGGUCAAGUGGCAGGAUGACGUGAUCACCGUUGGAAUGGAAGGAGCCGCCGCGGCAUUCCUGUCCUACGAGAACACCUCCGAGCCGUUCCCGAUCAACUACUUUGGAGUUUGCACCGGCUGGGGAGCGUCCGGCUCGUGGAUCAUCGAGCAGAACGCACCGGCUCCGUCCGCUCCGGCUGCUCUUGUGUCCAGCGGAGGUGCCGCCUGUUGGGUCCCGGCCGCCAACGGAGAAGUUCCUCCGAACGCCGUUGUCGGAGGAGCCGACGGUGAAGACAUGUACAUUGCACGGUCCCAGCACGAGGGUGCCAUCAUUCCUGGAAAGCUGGUGGCCUCGCACGGAUGCGCUUAUGUCGCCUGGGGUGGAGUCGAGAACCCGAAGCAGGAGUACGAAGUUCUGUGCGACGGAAACGGAACGUUCGUGAACACCAGUGGUGGCGAAAUUCCACCGAAUGCCAUCCCUGCUGGAGAGUCCGAGGACGGCGAGCCGCUGUUCAUCGGACGGGUUAACCACGAGGGCACGGUGACCGUGGGCAAGGUUCAGCAGUCCCACGGCGUUUGCUACAUUCCAUACGGCGGCCAGGAGUUGGCGUUUGCCGAUUAUGAAAUCUAUGUCAGCCAGUAAGCAAGGAAGUAAAGCCAUUUUGGAGCAGCUACAUGAAGUCAGCAGAGAAUCUCUUGACCGUAUAAUGCGGAAUGCACAGCUCAGAUAUGGAGCAAAAACACAAAAUUAAGCUCGCUAAAAAGCAUGAAACCACAUGAUGCCUGCACAUUUAUAUUUAUUGUUGUUUAACGAAUGUAUUAAUUUACUAGUAGGAAUAAAGAAACACCAGCUUUUGAACCACAA